CAGCUGAUUACGUGUCUUGUUGACAUUGCAACUAUAUCCAGAAAUGUAAUUGCCUGGAAAAUGUCAAUAAGCACCAAACAUCUCUUGUUCUCUUAUGAAUUAUAACUAAUGGGAUCCUUGCUAUGGCCAAAAAUCCGCAAUUAGCCAUAAUACCUGACAGUGAAAUUUUGUUGCCCAAUGACCUGGACAACUGGAAUAAGAAAAAACAAGAUUUAAUGCUAAAUUUGGGCCUAACAAGCAAUUCUGAUUCAGACCAGACACCAACACCCACAAGGUUUAUCAGAAACUGUGAAGAAGUCGGCUUAUUUCAAGACCUACAAAAUGUCAACCCUUUUGAUGAGAGUUUUAAAAAUGCAGUGGAAAAUCCUGCUGCUUCUGUUAAUUCACAGCUAGCAACCAGUUUGACAGAUGACACCCUUCACACACCACAAAUAUACCCUGACAACACUUUAGAACGUAGUAAUAACACCUUUAAUGAUAGUGAACCACUUGUACAAACUAAAGAUGCUGAAAAUUCCAGCAGCAUUAUCAAGGCCGUGCCCAUUAAAAGGCUCUUAGAUCCCAAGAGGCAAGUGAAAUGGCAAAAAGAAGCAAAUAAGGCCUCCCAAAUAAGGUGUCGCAAAAGAAAACAGUUGGAAAUUGAAAAUAUGAGGGAGGAAAAUGCCAUGUUAAAGAGGGAGAAUGAUAAUUUGUUAAGGGUAAAUGCUAUGCUACAAAAGAGGGUUGCUGAACUAGAAGCAGAGGUGACCCAACAAGAAAAUUCUCAAAAUUUAAAGCCAACCAAAAAACCAGUGUUCGUCAAAAUGGUGAAAACGCAACCAGCUCAAGUAGCAAUAGCACCUAAAAAACCUGCAAUUUUGCCACAGCCAGUGGCUAGUACUGUUAUAGUGUUGUGUCAGCCAUCAGUGCCAUCUAGUGUUGUAAGAUUAAGCUAAUGUUAUUUGACAAUCUGUUGAAAGAUUUAAAGCAAUCUGUGAUAAUGUAUUAGUAUAAGUUUAAAGGUCAUGAUUUAGGCUUCGAUAAGAAACUUCUGCUAGAAAUUAGUUCUUAUUUGCAUUAAAAAUAUUACAAUAAACCGUGACUUUAA